CCUUCCCUAACUUCCAUAAUCUAUUGGAACCUCCACAAGAAUUUUUUCUUUGACUUUCGUUCACCAACAUUAUGUCUGCUAUUACCAAUAUCAACAAUCAUCAGAAAGUCCGUAUUGGAGCCCCUCAUGUUCCUACCCACAGCGAACACGAUCUCGUCAGUGCACAAAGUGGCGUGCACGCUGACGCCUGGACAGCCUUUUUACAGGACUUAUCAGCUUUUCAGCUGAAAGGUGAGACAAUACGAAAGAAAGUCCAUGAUUCAAUCAAGGCUUUCAUCAAGGCAUUUGAGGAACAGCUCCGUGAACACAACCUGGCUUUGGAUGACCAUUGGGAACGCUUGUUCUGGCUCACCUGCGAUGGCUCGCAGCAACAGUGGUUCUCACGCAUCUUGGCCGACAAAGGUUUGUCAUGGAAACAAGCUGCAGCCCGCCUGGAGAAGGGCUUUGGCGAUCCUUUCUAUCUGUGGAGGAAGAAGGAUGAACACAGACACUUGCUGCAACGCAGUGGAGAACCCAUGCACCUCUUCCUAGAGAGAUAUCAAGAGGUAUCCUCUGAAGCCAGACUGCCGCAAAAUCAGGAGUUGAUUUACAACUUUAUCUGCUCCCUCCGUGCGCCUAUCAAGCUUAUCAUGGAUGCAUGCGGAGAGGCAUCCGGUGAGCCUCAAGAACGUGAGGAGUCCUGGCGUCGUGGUAAACGCCAUUACAUUGAUGAAGACCGUGCCGAAAUGACGAGAUAUAAGAAGGCUCAUUUUGCGCUCUUCUAA